CAUUUGUUAUAUAGUGGAUGGUUCCAACUAUUACCAACUCUUUCAAACCGUUACAAGUAAGUUCUGCUCAAUUGCUGUUAUAUUAUCAGGAAUUAGACGUCAAGCUGAAAUAUUCAAUAUCUCCAAUAUUCAAUAUUCAAUAAGCCAACUCUGGGCUCCACAAAAGGUCAACCCCAUUCAAGAGAUGGAGAAAGUGCAGAGACGGGCGACUAAGUUCAUUUUAAAUCUUAAUCAUCUUUCAGAAAUGCCUUACCGAGAAAGACUAUUGUCUUUGGAUAUUUUACCUGUAUCCUACUGGCUAGAACUGCAGGAUCUGCUUUUCUUAUUUAAAGUCAUUAAUGGUUUGGUAAUCUUACCUAUUAGGCGUCUGUCCUGCAUUUUACGUUGCAGCAAGAUGUACACGCAGCAGUACAGGGAAACGAAGACAGUUAGUUGUAAGGAAAUGUAGAACUACCACUUUCCAAAAUAGUUACUUUGUUAGAGUAGCCAAAUUGUGGAAUAUUCUACCACUCGAACUAACAUUAGAAGAAGAGACAUUCCAAGGUUUUAAAAGUAAACUGAACAAGUAUUAUAGGGACGCCCUAAGAACUGUUUAUAACAUUGAUGACUGCAGAACUUGGAAGUCAAUAUGUAUAAAGUGUAGAACUGCACGCUUGUUGCACAACAAGAUUCAUUGUUGUUUUUAACAUUUUUACAUCUCUAACACUUUAAUAAUAUAAUAGAUAUGUGUAUGUGAUAGUUUGUAACUUGUAUCAGUAUGUAUUGUAACUUCUAUUUUAGUUGGGGGUACAGUAAUUGGGGUAACCUGUUGUACCUUUCCCAUUUUUAUCUCUAUAAAGGUUUAAUAAAGUGAUUUAAACAUUAAACAUUAAACAUCUCCUUUUUAUGACGGUGGAAUGACACAGUAGUAACUUUCUUACAGGAAAUGGACUAUCCACGUAUGGUUGAAAGAAUAAUGAAAUUGGCUGUAAGUAUAUAAAGGCCCAUUUGAAAAUUUUCCACGGGCAGAACAUUUUCCAAAACUAUCAUUGUUAAAAGUUGAAAAUUUUCAACUUCAAAUUUUUUAUUUUGGGUUAGCCAAAAAAUUGUUUGGCAUUUUUCUAUAUUCCUCUAUUAUAGUGUGUUAUAUUGCUGAACUUGUAUACUCGAUAUAUUUACAGGUUCCUAACCACCUGAUGUGGUUGCUGUUCUUUUAUUGUUUCUUUCAUUCGUUUCUCAACAUUAUGGCGGAGAUAUUGAAAUUUGGGGAUAGGACAUUUUAUAAGGAUUGGUGGUGAGUUAGGAUGAAUGUCUAAACUGGCACUAAACACGAAGAAAUUUGCAAUUAUAUACAGAGUGUUCCCCCAACAAUGCACCACGCAUGCAGUAUAACUGUGUUCCAGAUUUUUACACAGCUAAUUUGAAAUUUGGGGAUGGGACUUUAGCUCUUGAAGAAAAUGAUUUCUAAAUAUGUUUAAAUAGAAAAAAAUCUCAAAGUAGAAAUUUUGCAUAUAGGUAAAUUCUAAGUUUUGCAGGAUUGGUAAGAAAUGUUUGAAGAAACUGACUUAGUGUUAAACACCGAAUCAGUUCCCUUUGAGCAUUUAGUUUUACAAAUCCUUCAAAACCUAGAGUUUACCGAUGCAAAAUUCCUACUGCGAUCACAGAAACUUUGAUAGUGUAAACCAACCUUAAGACAUGAAUUUGGACACUAAGAUUAUUAAAAUUGGUCUAGUAGGACCAAAGGCUGUUUCACCCAAUGUACCAUUGAAAUCACGCAUCAGUUGUGGUAAGAGUAACUAUUUACAAAUAUUAUAAAAUAUUAUAAAUAUUUACGAAUGCAAAAUGUUUUGUGGUAGUAUGACACACUGUCAGUAUCGAGUAAUACAAGAAAUAAAAAUGAAGUUAUUUCUACGAGUACUCUAUUUACAGUAUAUAAUUGAAGAAGUUUGGAAGUAUCAAUAGUAUUGAUGAUCCCUACCAGACCAAUUUAAAUAAUCGUAUAGUGUCAAAAUUCAUCUCUUGGACUGAAUUUUCAAUGGCCACUAAUGAUUGCCCCGUUUUUCUGUAGGAAUUCCACCACAAUUCAACAGUUUUGGAAAACCUGGAAUAUUCCUGUUCAUCGCUGGGCACAACGGUAUGAUGAGCUUACAAGAAUUGGUCGAGGUUUUGAGUUUGAAAGGAAAACAUUGAUUGAAUGGGGCCCCAGCCAAAAUUAAUUUUCGUGAAUGUGAAAACAUAGAAAAAGAAACAUCGUUACUAACUUCCGGACAAGGGCCUUCGCUCGAAACGUCAAAGUUCUCCUUGUAUUUUUCAGGCAUAGUUGCAUCCCUAUCGAUCCGAAGCUUUCUUAACUAAAAUCACUCCAUCUCUAGUUGUCAUCCUCUGUUAAGUUGCCACCCAAAAAUGGUGGACAAGGCGUGGUCGCAUGGCGUAAGAAAGGCUAAUAUAGACCUUUGUAGUCACAAAAAUUUCACAUGAUUUCCAAUUGCAUAUGUGAAAUUAAUUUUCACAUAUAUAAACUUUAAUAUCACAUGUGAAAACAAUAUGUGUAACAUAAGUAUUUUCACAUGUGAAAUAUUCAAAUUUCACAUGUGAAAUUAUGUGUGAAUUUUCCGUAACGUUGCUACAAAUUCCUUGGUUCCUGUUGUUCUUGAAAAAAGCCGAAGAAGGGAUGGUGAGAUGGCUCCAUCCCUUGCUGAAGGCUUAGAAUCAAGAGAUGCCUUGCGAAUAUGUUAAGAAAAGCCUUGUUGAAACACUCUCUAUUAAUAAAAUACAUGCAUUUUAAUAAUUUUCAAAAUGCAAGUAUUAUGUAUGUUGUAUUUUUAGGCAUCUUUACUUUCCAUUGAGAAGACGAGGUUACUCUCAGAUUACUGCAAGCGUUUUAGUCUUUUUACUGUCAGCGUUUUUCCAUGAGGUAGAGUAUGUUGCAAUUACGCUAAAAUAUUCAGCCCUUGCAAGUGACGUCACCUCAUUUCGCAUGUGACGUCAUAUUUACAAAAUGGUAGCACACAAUUGAUCUAACCCGCCAAAGCUAGCCGAAUAAAGGUUCUACAAUCCUGGCCAAAAACUUUGUGGACAGUACAAAAUUGUAGCAAAUUAUAUAAUACAUUUAGAUAUAUUGCAUAAUAUCUGUCAAACCCCCACACCCCCAUCUCAAUGUUGCAGUCCAAUAUGAUAUAUACAGAGUUGCCGAUGCGAAAACGAUUUCAACAUUGUUUUGGGGGAGUGGGGGGCGUAAGUUAUAGCAUUAAAUCCAUCCUAAACGCAUAUGAGCCUACCUGCAUGUCCACAUGAUUUUGGCCAGGAUUGUAGGUCUAGGCUGAUUCGACGUAAUUUGAUUUCCACCAUUUUGGGUGGCAAAUCAAAUUUGUCUAUUCACGUCAAAAUUUCUCAGGUUUAUUUCGGUAGAGCGCUAGUUGAUCGCUUUUAUUUGAUGUGGCUUAAUACGAAUUCCGAGAGGUAAUAUUCUAGAAAAUUCAGACAGUUUCCUUUGCUGUCCAUACUAUAGUGCCCACCAUUAUUUUUGCUCCACAAAAGUGCGUGGUUUCUUAGCGCAAGAUAUAUAAACUGAGGGGAGGCCCCCUCAGCCCCCAUAUUGGGCCCUCCAGUAAAGCGAAAAGGGCCAAGAAGAGCGGUUUUUAAAAUAUUCCCAUGACCAAACCUUUGUCUAGCAGAUGAAAAAAGUUAAUUUUCUAAAAAUGUUAAUUCAUACUAUUUUUUGUGUUUUAGUUUUUGGUCAGUAUUCCGUUACAGAUGUUCAGAACCUGGGCAUUUUUCGGAAUAGUUGGUCAGGUAAUUAAUAAUAAAAUCCUCUCAAAAUAAUAUAAUACAGUAGUAUACUUUGUGGGACACAGAAGUUUCUAAGUAAACAAAACCUGUUGUUUCACUGCUAUAAAAUCACGAGUUUUACUCACAUUUAUUAGCAAACCUACUGAUUACAAUUUUUGGAGUAAAGUUUUAAAUUUACUCAAUUUUUUGAGUCAAGACUUUCUUUACUUAAAAAAUAAGUAAAUUUGCUCAUAAUGUAAUUUUACUCAAUAUUCCAAGUCACUGAGGGUGCAUCAUUUUACUCAAGUUUUUUUGAGUCAAAAUACUCAGGUUGGUUUAAGAUUUCUGCACGCGAUUUUGUAGAUACCAUUGGCAAUAUUUACUGGCCUUCUCCCGAAGAACACGGUGUAUGGAAAUUUCGUGGUGUGGUUAUCACUGAUCAUGGGUCAACCUAUUGCAUUCAUGAUGUACGGUCAUGAUUAUUACGUCAUGAAUACGUCAUCCUGAGGUAUGGAAGUUAAUAAUAAUUGAUGUCGUUUAUACAAGGUGUGGUU